AUGCAAAAGACGCAGCAAAAACGUAAAGGAGGCCAGAUUCGGUUCACCAAUGAGCAAACCGACGCUCUUGAGAAUAAAUUUGACAACCAUAAGUAUCUCAGUCCCCAGGAACGAAAGAAAUUAGCCAAGUCCCUGAGCCUCAGCGAACGUCAGGUUUGUAAAUUUCGUUACGUCGGAUAUUUCCAGAAACGCAUAUUCUCAUAA